CAGCAGCAGCGGCUGCACACACUCAAAGCCCCGCGGGCGAGCUCAGCAGGCACAAGCGUCCCACGCGUAGCCCCACCGCCUCCCUGACCAGUCCCCGCGAUGCCGUCCGGCCUCUGAUCCGCCGCCGAUCCCCGGUCGUUCGGUGGAACAACUACCUCAGCCCCACCGGCCGGCACACCGCUCGGGUACCUAGGUUUUUGCACUGCUAUAGAGCGCCCCCCUGAGGCCGCUUCACUUCCCCACCAUGUUCCAGCGCCUCACCAGCCUCUUCUUCAGCACUCCCUCGCCCCCCGAGGACCUCGACUGCCCCCGAGCCUUCGUCUCUGAGGAGGAUGAAGUGGAUGGCUGGCUUAUCAUUGACCUGCCGGACAGCUACGCGGCUCCACCCAGUCCCGGGGCCGCCUCUGCCCCUGCCGGCCGCCCUCCGCCCGCGCCCUCCUUGAUGGACGAGAGCUGGUUUGUUACCCCUCCCGCCUGUUUUACUGCAGAGGGGCCCGGACUCGGGCCCGCCCGCCUCCAGAGCAGCCCCCUGGAGGACCUCCUCAUCGAGCACCCCAGCAUGUCCGUUUACGUCACCGGCAGCACCAUAGUGCUGGAGCCUGGACCUCCUUCCCCGCACCCCGACGCGGACCUGCCUGACGGCGACCUCAGCGAAGGGGAGCUGGCGCCAGUCCGCCGUGAGCCCCGGGCCCUGCACCACGCAGCCGCCCCUCUGCCAGCGCGGGCUGCACUGCUGGAGAAGGCGGGCCAGGUGCGGCGGCUGCAGCGGGCCCGGCAGCGGGCGGAGCGCCAUGCGCUAAGCGCCAAGGUGAUGCAACGGCAGAACCGCGCCCGCGAGAGCCAUCCGCGCCGGCCCAAGCACCAGGGCAGCUUUAUCUACCAGCCGUGCCAGCGCCAGUUUAACUACUGAGCGUCUGCCAGCCGAACUACAAACCCCUUUCCGACCCUCGACCCCAUGGGGCCCCUCCGCCGCAGCCAGUGUGUUGCUGGAGGGACGUCCGCAGCCCAACUGGGGCUGGAUACCACAACCUCCCUCCUUAAGUGUGCGAGGUGGGGUGAUAGCCCCCUUUUCAGUCCCCUUGAUUUUCCCCUAUCUGAUUCUCUAAUCUGCCUCUAGACCUCCUCCCACCCUUUACCCUCUUUCUUCUGGUCCCCAUGCCCAACAUCUAAUCCUUCAUCUCCUGUACCAACACUCCAUCCUUCCAUUUCUGGUUCCCAUCCCCAACUCUGCCCUGACAUUCCCAUUCCCCUUCAUCCUUGCUCUCCAUUCCUCUACCUCUGGCCCACCCCUAUUUCUCAGUGUCUCCUUUUCCAGUCCCAUAUCUAGCUCUUUCCUCACCUUCAACUCCCACUUUUACAAGCUUCACCCUAUCUCAUGUUUGGCCCUACACUCGCUCCUGCUCCUUUAUUAUUCAUUCCCAGUAAUUCCCUCCCAUAUGGAUGGGGUCGGCAGGGGGCGCUGAGACUAAAGGUUUCUGUGUUUAGUCUCACCCUUCUCUCUCCUCUGGGGGCUGGGCUCCUUGUAGUUGCUUAGGCGUGGAAAGAUAAAGUAUGUGGAAGAGGACUGUGAGAUGUGGAUUAGAGGGGGAAGGUGGAGGGAAUUGAGGGAAAGAUGCAGCCUUUUGGAAGUGUAGACAGGACAGACAGGUUGAGAAGCUAGAUGUAGGAAGCAGGGUACCAUGGGAGCUGGUACUGUGUGCUUCCUCAGAGAUUGGCCAAACUCUGCUCUUAGGUUGGAGCCUGGAGUCUGCCCCCACUUCCUUUUCCUAUAGUCCCACCUCCCAAAUCUCUUCCUGAAAUCUACCCCUCUGCAGGCCGCUGAGUCUGAAAGGCUUAGUUAGUACCUUGCCACCCUACCCCCAAUAUGUCACCCCAGGAGUAGAGGCUGGGUAAAUCCCUGCCAUCCUGGCCAUCUGUUCACACGUCCAAGGUGCUAGAACUAGCUUAGGAGAGAUGCAGGCCAGAGGGCUUCUAAGCAGGAAAACGGCAUACCCCAGUGUAAGAAUGCAGAAGAAUGAUGCUGGGGAGGACAAGCUGUGGGGUGAAGCCAUCCCAAGACUGACAGCUCAGCUUUCAUCUUGCCUCUGACUUUAUAUUUCAGACCCUGCCCAGGAUGGCUAAUAAACACUCCUGGGCAGGAGGCCAGAAGCUUCACUGUCCCAAUCCCCAAAUAGUAUCUCUCCAGGUUCAGGGCGGUCAGGGCCACUCUCCAUUUUCUCCCUGAGUACUCUCUUCCUUUCUAGGCUGCUGGGAGAAAUGGGUGCCCUAUGGUUCCCCUCCUCUUCUCCUCUGCUAAAUAUCUGGAGGAGGGAACCAAAUCCCUGGAUGAAACAGAGAGAACAGGGGCAGCCAGAUUUCCCCUUUUCAUGGUGGUACUGAAUUUUGGGCUCAGACACCAGCAACAGCCCCUUGGGAUGCCCUGAGUUACUCCCCUUUUUCUCUUUCUAACUGUCCUUUACUAAUGCGUGCUUUCUUCCUUGAAACUUUUGAGAUUCCCUGUUACAAACUAACAUAGGUCUUCCCCCCACCCCAAUUUCUAGGUUUCCAGAUUCAGUCAAGUGGAGAAUUGGAGAUAACUGCAUUCCCAUGAAGGCAAAGGCAGCUGCCCUUCCUGACCCUGUAGCUCCAAGCCUCACGUGGGAUGUGUGAAUAUGGGAGGGGGUAGCCCCAUGGAUGCUGGGAUGGGGACAGAGGAAGCCCUUUUAGGAUCUCCUAUCCAAGCAAGCCAGCCAAAUCUACACUAAAAACAGAUCAAAGUCUU